AUGAAUGUUGAAAAGUCAGAUGACAAAGCAAAGAAUGGCUUGAAGUCUUCCUUACUUAUAAGGGAUGAAAAUGGAAAUAACUAUGCAUGUGACAGAGCUACACCUUCCUCAGAGAAUUGUACCACCAAGAUACACCAUGAUUCAUCUGACCAAAAUAUAGUGACCGAGCAUGAAGAUGGUACAAUUAAGAGUGACUUUAGAAAUAUUAUUUUAAAACAGCAGCAUAUUGAAGCACAUUGUCUGCAGAAGACACCUGUUAAAUCCAACUGCACAGGAGCCCUGUUGGGAGAUGCAGAUGCUGCAUGCAAGUCUUCUGUGACUGAACAGACUUGUCUAUAUCCUUUGAACUGUGACUUGAAAGAAACAGCAAACUCACUGAAGGCUAAUGUUGCUAUGGCAAAAAUGCAAAAUCAGAGUAUCAAACAACCGGUGCCUUACAGUCAGACUGACUCUAAGUGUGUAUUACCUCUUCCUGCUUCAGAGCAGAACACGCAGUCCCUGAUAAAUGACAGGGCAUGCUGCCGCCUGAGCACAUUGGAUGUUACUGAUGUUAUAGGUGAAACUCUGGGAACUGAUCAAAAUGAUGACAUGCAUCUGAGGGAUACACUAAUCUCUUCUGAAGUAUGUACAAGAGAAAAGUUUGAUAGAACCAGAUCAGAAGGAACACCUAAUUUCACCUCUGUGCUAGUGGCUUCAGAAAGCCCAGAUGCCUAUUCAGAACUUGAAGUAUGUAGUCCUGCUUCUACAGGUGGUGAACACUAUCUAAAAAACACUGACAAGACUCAUAGAGAAUCACAGGAAACAGAAGCAGAGUCUGUAAAACUAUCUGGAUGUAUAGCUCCUUAUAGGCAAGAUUCAUUGUCAUCAUGCAUUAGUAUUAAUGAAGAUGACCAAGUGAAAUCCUUGCAGGACACCCCUGACCAUGAAAAAAUGGGGAAUUUCAAUGCUAAAAUGUGCAUGGAUGGUCCUGUGAGUAAUGUGCACCUUCUUCCGAUAGAUAAAAUGGAUGGAGAACAAGCAUCAAAGAAAACCAGUGAACUCUUAACCAAAGAACAAACUGUUUCUGCAAAUGCUGCUCUUCAGGAUAUGCAUAAUGCCACUUUCAUAUCCUGCAGCGUACCAAAAUUAAAGAGGACUGUUAUGCCUGACCUGAAAUGUGAAGCAACUUUUGUGGUCUUCAGUCCUAUGGCUAAUGAAGGUGAUUCUGCUCUACGUACUUCAACCCCUAAAGAACGAUCAAAAGAUAAAACUUUUGCUGUUUCAGCUAUGGUAGAACUUGGAGACAAGUCUCCUAAACUAAGACCAAAUGAGGCAUUUGUAGGAGGGCAUAAUAGAAGGCCUUUGCUUAAAGCUAGUUCAGGUCAAACUGCAGGAAAACCAGUGGGCAGGGCUCCUGUUGUAUCAACCAUAACCAAAGGAAAGAAAUUGGAGAUUGUUAGUUUUCCUAAACCUAAUUUCAGAAAUGUCAAGCCAAAGGUUAUGUCUAGACCUGUGCUACAGUCAAGGGACAGUGCAGCAUUAAAACAGUCUCCUCAGUCCCCCCAGCUAUCAGCUGUCUCCUCACCUUCAUUAGUUGCUUCCCCGAGGCAAUUGUCCCCCUCUAUAAAAGUGCUGAAAAAGAAAAUAGAUCUAGCUAAAGAUACUAAAGUGGAAUUGCCUAUGAAUAAGCCCCAUAAGCUACAUCUUAACAAACACCUCUUCACUAGCCAAGUCAUACAUGCCAGAACACAUCCCAGAAACGCUUCCCACAAGGCUUCAAAGACACCUGCAUUAAAGCAGAAUCCGGAAGAUAUUGGCAAAGCAAACUCUACCCAUUCGGCAUGCUCCUCGGUUUCUGCUGUGCUUCCAAUGUGUGCAGAGAACUCUAAAGAGAUGCUGAAUGAUAAAAUGGAAAGUUCAAACUCUUUAGUGCAGCCCUGUGCCCAAACCAUCUACUCGACCAGAGGUGAAAAAGAGCAAAGCAGUGACAUGGGAAUUCAUCUCGAAGCAGCCUUGUUAAAAGAUGUGGCAAAUGAAACGUUUGACCUGCACUCUGUUCAUUUGAUGCCUUCUGUGAAAGAUGGGACAACACAAGGAAAAAACAUACCGAAGAAGGGCACAAUCACACUACGAAGUGUAUCAGCUCCCAAGGUUAAAAUGGUGCCAUCUGUGUUGCCUUUGAAGAGAGGAUGUGAAAAUAAAACUAUCGGCACAAUUAAAGCACCUUCUCACAAAGGAGUUGUUCCAUCAUCAAGCUCUG